AUGGACGUGGCCAGUGGUGAUGCACGGUCGCCGAUCAAGUUGAUAGAGCUGCUGCUUAAGCUAUCUUCGCCGGCGGCGUCUAGCAGGGUGAUCGGCAAGAACAAGCGGGUGCAGCUGCAGGCCGCCGGCGGCGCCUACGAGUGCCGGACGUGCGGCCGCCGGUUCGCCACGUUCCAGUCGCUGGGCGGCCACCGGACCAGCCACAAGCGGCCGCGGGUGCGCGCGCACGGCCUCGAUCUCCUGCUCGGCGCGCGCCCAGGCAAGGCCAGGGCCGCGGUGCAGCUGCACCGCUGCGGCACGUGCGGCCAGGCGUUCCCCACGGGGCAGGCGCUCGGCGGGCACAUGCGCCGCCACAGGCCGGCCGUGGCCGCCGCGACGUGGACGGAGACGGCCACGUCGUCGUCGACCUCGUGCCUCUCUGUGUCUGGUCAGCAUGACGAUGCCGAUUGGCCUACUUUAAUACAGUUUAUAUGA